UUUACAGUUUUGCAGCUCUUGAAAUCCGCUCAGAUGCAGCAUGGAUUGCGGUUUGGCGAUUACGCUCGUUACCGGAGGUACUGUACUGCUCGGCUCAGGAGAUUGUACAAGUCGUUGAAAUUCACGCAUGGCCGUGGUAAAUAUAGUAAAAGGGCGAUUACAGCUUCUAUGGUCACUGAAGUGAGGUAUCUUCAUGUGGUUCUUUAUACAGCAGAAAGAGCUUGGAGCCAUGCUAUGGAAAAGAAAACGCUGCCAGAUGGUCCAAAUGCACGUCAGCGUGGCUAUCUGAUUGGUAGGCUGCGAAAAGCAGUCAAAUGGGCUACUUUGUUUCAAGACUUGUGUUCCAUUAAGGGAGAUUCUAGGACAUCUUUGGAAGCAGAGGUGUGCUGA